UCAGCUGUAAUUGAAGAAGAUGAGCUAACGACGAUCUCAGAGGUUCAUGCGGGAGCACGUUUAAAUGGCGACAUCCAAUUUAAAAAGCACAAUCUGCAACUUGAGAUCGCUAAAAACCAAACAGACACAAAAUCUGAAAAUCUCACUGCAAGAGAAUGGAAUGUUGAUUGCUAUCAUUCUACUGUUGAUCCGGGUACCAAGAGUCCAAAUGAAAUUCCCCAAUUUAAACAGAGACAAAACCUGAUCAGUCAAAUAGUAUACGAAGAAGAACGUAAAAAAUCUGCAUCAAAAAAUGAUUUUUUUAUCCUCUUUACGACUGCAGAAAAUUGCAAUGUCGAACUUCCGAAACACUCUGGGAUUAUAGAUGGAAAA